CUGUCUUCUUUUUCUUCAAUGGCUGUUAUUGUCUCAAUGGCUUUACUUCUUCUUCUUGUUAAGAGCUCAUCAGCUCAGCUUUCCACCAAUCUCUACCCUCUUCUUGCCCUAAGUUAUUUCUCCACUGUUAAAUCUGGAGUUCAAUCAGCCAUCUCAGCGGAGAAGCGAAUGGGCGCUUCGCUUCUUCGGCUUUUCUUCCAUGAUUGUUUUGUCGAUGGUUGUGAUGGUUCCAUUCUGUUGGAUAAUACAUCAAACUUCACAGGUGAGAAGGAUGCAUUGCCUAACAAGAACUCAGUCAGAGGGUUCGAUGUCAUUGAUAAGAUAAAGAAACAAGUUGAGAAAGCUUGUCCUGGAGUUUUGGGAAGGAGAGAUUCAACAACUGCAAGUGAAUCAGCAGCAAACAACAACAUACCUCCACCAUCAUCAAGCUUGAGCAAUCUCAUCUCUAAGUUCUCUGCUCAAGGCCUCUCACCAAAGAGACAUGAUUGCCUCUCUGGAGCACAUACAUUAGGGAAAGCAAGAUGCAUUUCAUUUAGAGCUCACAUUUACAAUGAUAGUGACAUUGAUAACUCAUUUGCAAAGACAAGGAGAGCCAACUGCCCUAGCAAGUCAGGUUCAGGAGACAAUAACUUGGCACCACUUGACUUUGAAACCGACACCGAGUUUGAUAAUUACUACUACAAAAACUUGAUCAUCAAGAAGGGACUUCUUCACUCUGACCAAGAACUCUUCAAUGGUGGCUCUGCUGAUUCUCAAGUUAAAUCUUCAUGCUAA